AUGGCGUCAAUGUAUCGCCUCCCGGUAGAAGUUGACAGCGAACCCGUUGCCGAUGGAAAUUUCCAUUUCAUCUCGAUCCGCAAUCCGGAAGAGGGGAAAGACCGGAGAACGAGGCGGCGGGCCCGAUCGUAUGCUGUGAAGCAAGCCCUCGAGAACAAACGAAAGAGUCAGAAAGAGUCCAUGAACCACUUCCAAGUAUCGUCUUCGGAAGACUACGCCAGGAGAUUCGCGAGCCGGAGUACACGUACCCAGACUCUUGUCUCGUUACCCUACUCUCUGUCUGUAGGCACGCUCGAUCCGUUCCAGACGCUCGCCGUAGAUUCCUCAAGACUGCAGGCGCUGCUUGGUAACGACAAAGCUAGACAGGCUUCUGAGCCCGUCUUUAGCGUUGCGAACGAGCUUGCCUAUCACAGCUUUCACGCGGUCUUCCAAUCGGGUUUGGACGACCCUGCUCUUGUGAAUGCCGUCAUGCUCACGUUUGCAUUCGCGGCGACAGAGGGAAUCAUCGAUCGAGAGUGUCUCGGGUACCAGAGUCAGGCAAUGGGCUGUAUCAGUGAAAGAAUGAGCUCCCUGGACAGGGCGACUUCGGCACCCACCAUGGGAGCCAUUUUGCUGCUAGCGGGUGUGGAGGCCCGCCUUGGGAUGCAGUCUCACGUCCAGCUUCACAUGAUAGCAAUACGCCGACUGCUGGACAUCUGUCGAACCGAGGGAAUCUAUAUCGCCGGCGGAAUCAAGCGGGCCAUAUUCUGGCAAGACUUGAAUUCCUCGGUCAUGACGGGGUCCCGCCGCGUAGUAAGUCACACGACUUUCGCCGAGCUGCAAUGGAGACGAGAUCCCUUCUCCCCUAGCUUUUUUCGGCUGCCGCCAGGAUUCCGGGCGCUGUCCCACUUACUCACCAACGACUUUAUUGAGGUGCUGGAGGAUAUACAUGCCUUGCAGUGCAUUCGAGAGUGUGCCCAUUUCGCAGGCCGGGAUGUGCUCUCGAUGGCGUAUAUCAACAACCACCAAGCCUCUAUCCAAUCCCGGCUGGUGGACUUGGUGGGUCUCUCUUCGGUCUUGGAGUGUUGUCGUCUUGCGGCCUAUCUGUGCUCCAGUAUGCUAUGCUGCAAGGUCUGGUGCGCCUUGGUGAUUCCUUCCCACAUUUCCUUACAGUUGCUCCGCAAGCUACAACAGGCGAGCGACGAUCUCCUAUGGAAUGAUCACCCUGAUUUGCUGCUCUGGCUCUUGUAUAUUGGCGGGUCAUUUGCCCCCAAGGGGGUCAUACGCUCUGAUUACGUCGAACUCCUGCGCCGGAACCACGCGUGGCUCAAACACUUCUAUGACGCAUUCCUAUUACAUGCCAAGGUGUUCUGGGAAGAAACAUUGAUAUAA